UCCUAUUGGAGAAGGAUGUUGUGCUCAAAUUCAUGUCCUGCAUUCAUAAAGCCAUUUUCAUGCUCUGGGUGAAUGGGAUACUGUACUGCUAAUAUACACUAUGGUCAGUUAUUUUAACCUGCUAAUAGUACUGUUUAUAUAAGUGUGAAUUGAUACUUUUCUCCCAAAGCCCCACUGGCAUUUCAAAGCUGGCUCUUGUGUAUUUCAGUAAUACAGAUUAUGCCAAGCAUAAAACAAUUAUAGAUCAAACCUUGUAAAGUUAUGACUAGCUUUAAAGUGGAAAUUUUUGAACAGUAUGGAUACUGUAUUUAAUACAGUAUCACUCAUUGAGGUCUGUCCUUCAUCAUUGUAGUUGUCUGAGCUUUGUAAUGUCCUGAUUUCUUCAGUAAAACCAGUCAUGCUUCCUUUGCAAAGUAGGUUUCUUUUGCCCCUUACUCCCUCUUCUAGGAACCUGCUGUUCUGUGAUCUGAAAUAGUGGAAUAUCAGAGUUGUUAGUGAUUAUGAUUACUGUCUCAGUCAUAUUUCUAGCUUUCUGCCACACUGAUCCUGAUUUCCCUACUGCUGUUGUGGAUGUCUUUAUUCCUCCACUGAGGUAUCUGAUUUUGCUGGAGGAGGGAGUGGUUCCCUGUUCUCACCACUGCAGAGUGGUGAGGCUCCUCCUGUUCCCCAGGGCAGGGGCAGAAAGGAAGCAAAGCUGCUGUUUGCACAAGAUACACUUUAUACUGCUGUUCAGUCGGCAGGGGAAGUUAAGGCUUCAGAAAUGGUACACGACGCUACCUGAUAAAGAGAAGAAAAAGAUCAUUCGAGAAAUUAUUCAGAUUAUUUUGUCUCGCAAUCAAAAAACAAGUAGUUUUGUUGACUGGAAAGACCUCAAGCUUGUUUACAAAAGGUAUGCUAGUUUGUAUUUCUGCUGUGCAAUAGAAGACCAGGAUAACGAGCUGCUGACACUAGAGGUCGUUCAUCGCUAUGUGGAGCUCCUGGACAGAUACUUUGGAAACGUGUGCGAGCUGGAUAUUAUCUUCAAUUUUGAAAAAGCUUAUUUUAUUCUUGAUGAAUUUAUAAUUGGUGGAGAAGUACAAGAGACUUCAAAGAAGACUGCAGUGAAAGCCAUAGAAGAUUCUGACAUGUUGCAGGAGACAGUGGAAGAAUACAUGAACAAGCCUGCAUUUUAAUGUUAAACUACCUGGAGAGAAAACUGCUGUAUGCACCUCUCAAGUGCACUUCCUGAAAUUCUUCCCAAUGUGCCAGAUACUCAGAGGAAUACCAAAAACCAAUAACUGAAGGGGUUUGUUUGUAUAAUGGUGAAGAUGAAGGUCAGCUAAUGUAGCAAAGGGUUUAACAAUUCCAUGCUUUGCAUUACUCUGUACAUGAGUUUCUCAGAGUUGUUAUUGCCCCAGUCUAGUUUCUCUUCUCGUUGCUGGACUCAGCUCUUGUUUUGUACCAUGUCUUUUAGCUACGGGUUUUGUCAUCACAAGAGGCUCCUCUGACAAUACUUUGAAGAGUUAUUUUUACUAGUUUUGUUCACUGCUGACUGUAUGACUCUACUUUUGUACAAGUGUCCAUUAUUUUGAAUGUAAUGGUUAUUCUGCUGUAAUAAUAAUUUUUUUCUAAAAGCCAAA